GUGAGAUUAGCUAGAUGCUAGGUUCAUCCAGGUCGCGUAUCCCCCUCCUCUUCUUGUCCUGUAUGACUGAAGAUUCAAAGCCACUGUAUACAUAGCCGCUUUUAGGAAUACACUUUGUGCCAUUCCCCAUCUUGUACUUUGAACUCCUCCUCCACUUUUUUCACCCUCUCUCCUUCACCUGUCACUGCAUCUCUCUUGCUUCUGCACAUUUCUCACUCUUCUUCAAUUUUCCUCUCCUUUCUCCUCAUUUCCUCGUUUUCUGUCUCUCUUGUGGUCUCUCUCUUCACUCACUCACUCUCUGUGGUCAUGUGUGACAACGGGGAUCACGAGGACAAACCCCCCGCCCCUCCAGUAAGGAUGAGUAGCACCAGUUUCGGCAGCAGUGGGAAAGAUCACACACUCUCAGCCAAUCACAGCUCCAAGCCCCUGCCCUCUGUGCCAGAGGAGAGGAAACGCAACAAGAUCAUCUCCAUCUUUUCCAGCGGGGAGAAAGUGGGCAGAAGAAAAGACAGAGACAAGGAGCGGCCGGAGAUUUCCCCACCGUCUGAUUUUGAACACACAAUCCAUGUCGGUUUUGAUGCAGUCACAGGAGAGUUUACAGGCAUGCCAGAGCAGUGGGCGCGGCUCCUGCAGACAUCUAAUAUCACCAAGUCAGAGCAGAAGAAGAAUCCUCAAGCUGUACUUGACGUUCUGAAGUUCUACGAUUCUACUGGCAACGGCCGUCAGAAGUACCUCAGUUUCUCAUCAGAAAAAGAUGGUUAUCCCCCAGGCCCACAGUCUCCUGUCAAGAAAGGCACAGAACCUUCAUCUACAAACACCAAAGACAUUGAUAACGGUGGCGAUGACGAUGAAGAUGAUGAUGAGGCACCUCCGCCUAUUGUCGCACCCCGCCCCGAACACACCAAGAGUGUAUAUACACGACCCUCCAUGAUAGACCCCCUGCCCCCGCCUGUGACUGCUCCAGACGGGGACUCGGCCUCCAAGGCAGCUGACCGACAGAAGAAGAAGGGCAAGAUGACCGAUGAAGAGAUUAUGGACAAACUGAGAACCAUAGUUAGUAUUGGAGAUCCCAAGAAGAAGUAUACACGUUAUGAAAAGAUUGGGCAAGGAGCUUCAGGAACAGUGUACACUGCCAUAGAUGUUGCAACUGGACAGGAGGUGGCCAUUAAACAGAUUAACCUCCAGAAACAGCCCAAAAAGGAGCUCAUCAUCAAUGAGAUCCUGGUGAUGAAGGAGCUGAAAAACCCGAAUAUUGUCAACUUCGUAGACAGCUUUUUGGUAGGCGAGGAGCUCUUUGUGGUGAUGGAGUAUCUGGCCGGUGGAUCUCUCACAGAUGUUGUGACAGAGACGUGUAUGGAUGAGGCUCAGAUUGCAGCUGUUUGUCGAGAGUGUUUACAAGCAUUGGAGUUCCUGCAUGCCAACCAGGUCAUCCAUCGAGACAUCAAAAGUGACAACGUCCUAUUGGGGAUGGACGGCUCGGUUAAACUCACCGAUUUUGGGUUCUGUGCCCAGAUCACUCCGGAGCAGAGCAAGCGCAGCACCAUGGUGGGCACGCCCUACUGGAUGGCCCCUGAGGUCGUGACCCGGAAGGCUUACGGGCCCAAAGUGGACAUCUGGUCCCUGGGUAUCAUGGCCAUAGAGAUGGUGGAAGGCGAACCACCAUACCUCAAUGAGAACCCGCUCAGGGCACUCUAUUUAAUUGCCACAAAUGGCACCCCGGAGCUUCAGAGUCCAGAGAAGCUGUCACCGGUUUUCCGUGACUUCCUGAGCCGUUGUCUGGAGAUGGACGUGGAGAAACGGGGAGGAGGAAAAGAGCUGUUGCAGCACCCCUUCCUGAAGCUGGCCAAGCCUCUAUCUAGCCUCACGCCACUUAUCUUAGCAGCCAAGGAUGCCAUGAAGAACAACCGCUAACCUUUCAGAUGAGAGGGUCCCCUACCCAUUCGUUCCUGAUGUGAUGUCAGAAGCUCCUUCUUGUUGUGCCCCCCACCCCUUUCUUUUGCUGACGUGCCAUCAAGCAGCCAAGCCCUUGAAGCCACGCUGUCUCCAAGACCAAAAACUUAAGCCCCAAUCUACAGGGGUUGGAACUCUGGUGGCCUUAUGAACUCUUUAUUUAGUUUUUUUUUUUGUUUAGUUUUUUUUUUUCUUUAUUAUUUUUUUUGUCUUACCCAGGGGUUAUGAACUCUUCCCUGACACCAACUGAGAUGGUAUUUUCCCCCUGCAUUUUUAAACUAUACAGAAAAAUUGUGUUCCAUAAUAUUGAUGACUCGAUUUAAUGUGAUCGAAACAAACAAAAUCUAUCUCUUGUCACAGAGAACUUUUUUAUUCAACCUCUGUAUGAAUCAUGUCUCCAUGUUGUAUAGAUCCAUGUGUCUUUCAUUUCAAAAUAUGACGUAAAAAAGACAACAUUCAAAUGUGGGUCCAGAAACAUAUCUUGAUUUCUCCACUUCAUGCGAAGAACAUUGUGUUAGAUGAUUUUGUGUCCAUAAUUUCAAAAAGUAGCGUUUAUGACACUCCCUCGUUGCCACAUCAGUUUUGAAUCUCACCAGCCUCCUUCAGAGGAAGGCGUGCACCUUAUUUACCGAUGCCAACAGUAGCUUGUGAGUGGUAGGGUUGUCACUUGUGCCUUGUGUACUUGUUCCUACACAAACAAAGUAUUGUGAACCGUUCAGGAUGGAGUCCUUCUUAUGUCAGUUUCUUCAUUUGACUAGAACCUGGGAAGAUAAACUUUCAUAAGGUAAAAUUUGUUAUGUAUAUUACGAACUUCAAAAAAGGAAAUGGUAGUAUACAAAUUAGGACUUUUAGACAAGCUGUCAUUUAAUAUGUAUGUUUAUAUGUAUAAACACUAUUUUUGUUUUUAAUAACUAACAUUAUAAAUAGAUCUGUCGGAAGUCUUGGUCAGGCCUGUUUUGGUGCCUUGAGUCUGACUUUAUUCCCAUGUCAAAAAUUGUAACUGUGAAAAUAAAAAAUAGUGUUUCUUGUCAA